AUGUAUUUUGAUUACAAUGAUUACUAUAAUGGUUCUUAUCCAGAGAUGAUGUCUUGGAAGGUAGAUAGUGAUUGUUGUUCUUGGGAUGGGGUCACAUGUGAUGCAGAGAAUGGUGAGGUGAUUGGCUUAGACCUGAGCAACAGUUGGCUUUAUGGGCCUCUCAACUCUAACAGCAAUCUCUUCAGUUUGCGUCACCUUCGGAAACUCAACCUUGACUCCAACAACUUCUCUUCCUCCACAAUCCCAUCUGAAUUUGGCCAGCUUGUGAGGUUAACCCAUCUCAACCUCUCUUUUUCCUUCUUACAUGGCCCAAUUCCAUUGGAAAUUUCAUGGCUAUCCAAUUUGGUUUCACUUGAUCUCUCCUUCAAUUAUUUUAAGUACUUUGUUGGUGGUGAUUAUUAUUAUAAAUUGUUGGAUCUCAGAAGAAUUCAUCUUGAAGCACUUUUCCAGAACAUGACAUAUUUGAGAGCGCUUCAUCUAAACAAAGGUAAAUUUCCCUCAGAUAUUUUCCUGUUGCCCAAGAUACAAGUCAUUAAUCUAUCAUAUAAUCGAGAACUCGUUGGUUUUCUUCCCAAAUUUUGGUCUUUUAGUUCCUUAAAGGAAUUGCGUCUUUGGACAACAAAUUUUUCUGGGGAAUUUACCAAUUCAAUCGAUAACCUUGGGUCCUUGAAUGUUUUGGAUCUUUCCGAAACAAAUUUAUUUGGGGAAUUGCCCAAUUCAAUCAGCAACCUCAAGUCCUUGAAUUAUUUGGAUCUUAGUUCAAGUAAUAUUUCAGGGGCAAGUCCCCCUUCUAUUGGAAACCUAUCACAACUUACUUACCUUUCCCUCUCAUAUAACAAUUUACAUGGCCAACUUCCUUCCACAUCGGGAAACCUUGCAAAACUCACUCAUUUGAGUCUUGACAAUAUCCUUUACUAUCGGGAAGUACCAUCUUUCUUGGGAAAUCUUACACAACUAGAAGACUUAAGCCUUUCGAAUAACAAUUUUGACUGUGGCUUCCCAAUUUGGCUAACAAAUAUUACUAAACACCGUUCGAUAGUUUUCUUGAGAAAUCAGUUGAAAGGGAAAAUCCCAUCCGAAAUAAGUAGACUUCCUAAUUUGUCAAGCCUUGACUUGUCUCAAAGCUCAUUCAUAGAGGCCAUUCCCUCGGUUUUGUUUACAAUCCCUUCAUUGUAUACACUAGUUCUAGAUCAAAAUCAGCUCAUUCUCCCUCUCAAAUUCCAAAAUAUCUCUUUAUCACCACUAUAUUACCUUGGGUUGAGUGAAAACAAAAUGAAUGAAUUGAUGCUAGGGUCAAUUGUCAAUUUCACUAAGUUACAAUACCUACGACUUUCUUCAAUCAACCUAGAGGGCAUGGUGGAAUUGAACAAUUUCUUCAAGCUUAAAGAGCUUCAGUCUCUUGAUCUUUCAGGUAACGAAGUAUUUGUUUCAAAAGCAAACAUCAAUUCAACCCUUCCCAAAUUUUCAUCUUUGUGGUUGUCUUCAUUCAAUUUGUCUAAAUUUCCAACUUUUCUAGAAGCCCAGAAUGAAUUGCAAAAUUUAGACCUUUCCAACAACGACAUUGAGGGUAACAUACUUUUGGAAUGUUGGAAAAGAGACAUUGGAAUACCUAAAUCUUUCCCAUAA